AUGCGAGUAUUCAGAAGAUUCUAUCAGGUACAAUUACCACCAAUUUCAAAGUUUAGGCUUUUGCCUCAAUAUAAGUUAAAAUGUGGUCUUGAAAUUCAUACACAACUCGACACUCGAAAUAAACUGUUUUCCAUGUCAACUAAUGACCCAUUCCAUUCUGCAAAUAAGCCAAAUUCACACACUUCAUUUUUUGAUAUUGCAUUACCAGGAACUCAGCCGAUUUUAAAUCAUGAGGCUGUUUUAUUUGCAACUAAGUUAGCUAUAGCGCUGAAUUGUCAAAUCAAUCUAGAUUCACAAUUUGAUAGAAAACAUUACUUUUAUGGUGAUCAACCUCUCGGUUACCAAAUUACUCAACAUUUUUCACCAUUUGCCUCGAGGGGCCACUUGCCACUUCACAAAGAUAUUGAUGGCAUUGAUGAAAUUAGCAAGAAUAUUCAUAUCACACAAUUACAGAUUGAACAAGAUACUGGUAAAUCGCUAUACAGGAAAUCUGAUCAUAUUACCUUGAUUGAUUUAAAUAGAUCAAAUGUUCCGCUAAUUGAGAUGGUUACAGAACCAGAUUUCCAAGAUUUAAAACAAAUAAGAGCAUUUAUUAAAAAAUAUCAAAAUUUGGUGCGACAUUUGAAGAUAUCAACGGGUGAUUUAGAAACUGGUGCUAUGCGUGUUGAUGUUAAUUUAUCCAUCAAUGACCAUGCGAGGGUUGAAUUAAAGAAUUUACCCAAUACUAGUAGUAUAUUGAAUGCGAUCAAACACGAAUAUUUGAGACAAGUACAGAUUGUAGAGGAUGGAAUGGCUGACGAACUACUUUCACAACCAGAGACUAGAGGCUGGACAGGAUCUUCUACCGUAAAGUUGAGGAGUAAAGAAACAACUAUUGAUUAUAGAUACAUGCCUGAUAUGGAAUUGCCGCGGAUAACUUUGGCCGCAGAUGUGGUAGAAACUCUUCAAAAAACAAUGCCACCAUUGCCUGACAAAAUUUUAAAUACCUUGAUGUCAGAACCUUAUAAAUUAUCUCUUAAGGAUGCGAAAAUUCUUUGCCUCAGCAGUAAUGGACAAGAUGAAAUUUAUAACCAUGAAGAAUUACAACAAUUUUACCUGGAUACCUUUCAUUCAUAUGCUGAUAGGGUUAAAGGUAACAUAGAGGCUAAUAAAUUGUCAAAAUUGCCUACUAAUUGGAUUAUUCAUGAAUUAUUGGGUGAUUUGAAUAAACUGGAAUUGCCGCUAUCGGAAAUUACCAAAGUUUUAACUCCCCAAAUUUUUGCAGAUUUUCUAAUGCUCAUCCAUAAUAACGAAAUUUCAAGUGCUAGUGGUAAAUUAUUGUUAUUCCACGUUUUGAAAACCCUCAAAGAGACCAACUGUGAUACAUCUACCACUAUCGAUUUCAAUUCUUUAAUAGAUGAAUUCGAUAUCAGAACUAUAAAUCAAAUCGAUCACGACGAAUUGAGGGAAAUUUGUAACGAAAUCAUUGAAACUCUAAACAAUGACAAGCUCAUUAAUGAUAUUGUUACCGGUAAAAAGAAAAAAUCUAUCAAAUUUUUGGUAGGGCAGGGCAUGAAGCUAUCACAAGGUCGUAUUAAAGCUCAGGAUUUUGAAAGAACGUUUAAAGAGGUUCUUGAUGUUAAGUGGUAA